UCUGUGCUUCCUGCUGUAGCCUGAAAUGUAAACUUUUAUACAUGGACAGAAAGGAAGCUAGAGUAUGUGUAAUCUGCCAUUCAGUCCUAAUGAAUGCUCAAGCCUGGGAGAACAUGAUGAGUGCCUCAAGCCAGAGCCCUAACCCUAACAAUCCUGCUGAAUACUGUUCUACUAUCCCUCCCUUGCAGCAAGCUCAGGCCUCAGGAGCACUGAGCUCUCCACCUCCCACUGUGAUGGUACCUGUGGGAGUUUUAAAGCACCCUGGAGCAGAAGUUGCUCAGCCCAGAGAGCAGAGGAGAGUUUGGUUUGCUGAUGGGAUCUUGCCCAAUGGAGAAGUUGCUGAUGCAGCCAAAUUAACAAUGAAUGGAACUUCCUCUGCAGGAACUUUGGCUGUGUCACAUGACCCAGUCAAGCCAGUAACUACCAGUCCUCCAGCAGCAGAGGUAAGAAAAACAAAGAAGCAACUAAAAAUGAGCACUUACUUUAUUGAGCAUUAUGCUGCCUCUUGCCUUUUGCCAAGUUCAGUGACUAUUGUGGGAACCCUGUAGAUUUGCGGGUUUGGAUACAAUUUAGUGAGAGGAGGUGUUCGUGUGUGUGUGUGUGUGUGUGUGUGUGUGUGUGUGUGUGUAUGUGUAAGUAAGAGUAAAGUAAAUGUGCCAAAAUCAGCUGUUCUUGUUUGUUCUGUACUUACAAGUUUUUCAAGAGAAAGAUUUUCAUGAAAGAUAUUCUCAGGUGAGCUCAAGUUGUUGCUAUAUCUAGAGACUGUCCAGUUAUUGUAUAAUGCCCUUAAUUUAUAUA